AUGGUCUUGAUGAUCGCCGCCGAGGGUGGUCCCAAAGGAGGCCCUUCCAUGCCGGUGCCGGUUCACAGGGACAUUCUGGUAAUUGUUUCCUUUUAUUUGCUUGGAAUGAGUCGGUCCCCAAUAUUUAAAGCAAUGCUUGUGAAUGAGAUGGAAGAAAGCCGAAGCGACACCAUUAAGAUAAGUGACAUGUCGUAUGAUGCCCUCCAUGCAUUUGUCAACUUUCUUCAUGCCGAAGCAUGCGUCAAUGAGCAAAUGGCUUGUGAGCUUCUGGUAUCAGCUGAAAAGUACCAGGUGGAGCAGCUUAAAGCUUACUGCGAGAAGUUUUUGGUAUCCAAAUUAAAUUGGGACAACUCGAUCAAAUACUAUGCCUUUGCGCACCAGCACAAUGCCAAGCAUCUACUUGAGGCCGCCACGUCCUUAAUCUCAGACAACUUGGAUAAGCUCAGAAAACGUCAAGAAUACCCUCUACUCGUUGAAGAGGACCCAUGCCUUGGGUUGGAGUUACUAAAAGCAUGUCUUGUAAGGUGGGAAAACAAUGCAGCACUUGAUACUUCUGCGAAGUAAUAGUUUCGUUUGGAGAAAGGAAAUUUGUAACAAGAAUUAGGGCUUUGUUGGUUUUAAUAAUCCUUUUUCUCUUGAAAAGGAUAUUCUUGAUGACUUCGGCUUUGGGGAGCAUUUUGUGGGUCAGUGCCAGCCAUUUGCGGUGCUUAUUUAUAUGCACGACAGGGACCAAACUUUGAAACUCUGUUGUGUGAGCUUGGAGUUCA